AGACACGCAGACACACACACACGUCUCUGAAGAAGACGAGAGGGUUCGACCUCGGCGUCUGCACCUUUUUUUUCUUUCUGUAAAUGUUUUUUCAUGCUCGCUCUCGAACUCUUCAUGCACGCGCAAUGGAAGUGAUGUCUGUCGCGCAACUGAAGAAAGCCCUUCGCAAGGAGCACCUGAAGCGGCUGCGCGCGUGGGCUACGGCGGAGCCUGCGCAGCUUCACGCCGCUUCCCAGGAAUUGUGCGAGCAUCUAGGCAACUACAUCCAAGCUCGUUACCGACCCUUGGCGCAUCCGCUACCUCACCGCCCUACCAGCGAUGUGCAGGCACCCACGAUUCCUUUGUUCAUUUUUGCCUACCUGCCGCUGUAUUAUGAAGCAGACUUGGUGCAGCUGAUGCGGCGACUCUGGCCAAUGACACAAGAGCAGCAGCUUCACAUCCUGGCACCAGUCGUCCUUCCUUCGCCCCCCUCACGUGCAUCUUGCGGCGCGGCGGCGCACCCUGAAAGACCAGAAGAUCCCUCUGCCCCCUUUGCAGAGCCACUCAGCCGUGCAAUGGCUUUUGUAGAGGUGAUGGAUGCGGCGGAUCUCGAGUCUGCCUUCGCGCCACAAGGCAGGUUCAACAUACGUGAGUUCUCGAGCGCCUUGCUGAUGCGUUGGUUGACGGGACGCGGGAGGGACACCACACCCACGACAAGGAUGCAGUCGAUAGGGCAAACGGAGCAUGCGCGCGACUGCGAAGCGGCAAAAGAUGAUAAAGGAAUUCUAAAGAAGGACGGACGGCUGCGGCACGUAGUGCUGUGCGACAGCUACGCCAAGCUCUUCCCCGCGGCGCACGCGGCGGGCUAUCGACCAGCGGGCCUACUGGAGUACGCUAGUGAGUGCGCCACGGCAACGAGACGUACCCACGCGACUGCUUCUUCCGUUCAAGCGUCGGUACCGGGUGUGCAACGAGAGCUGGAUAGCGGUAGCGGAGGAGCACCGCUGCACUUGGAUGAUGUCUCGAUGCUCGUUCUGGUGCCUGGUGUGCUGUUCGACGUGCAGACGGGGCGGCGUAUGGGUAAAGGUUGCGGGUACUACGACCGCUUUCUCGGCUACCACGCCCGACAUCAUUUGGGUACGCGCCCAUCUUCUACAGAACACCCGACCGCAGCCCAGUGCGAGGCGGUUGGUGCGACGGCCCAACAUUCGCAAUCCCACGAGUCUGAGCAGAGCACUGACGUCGCCUUGCCUGACGCGGCGCACCGCGGACACGCAGAACAGCGACACCCCCGGUGGGAGGUGGUGGCAGUGGCGUUCGACGCGCAGGUGGUGCGUGGGGGCUCGUCGGAUUUGCUGAAAGGUGCGCCGUCGGUAGCAGCAGCAGCAGCGGCGGAGUUGCCGCUGGUUAUUCCGGUCGACGAGCACGAUCAGCCGGUGCACGCUGUGGUCUCUCCGAGUGGUGGCGUGGAGGAGGUGCACGAGUCAUAUCUGUAA